UCGUAUACCAUCAUCACGUUACAGCCAAUACCGACAAGAUGAGUGCAGUCAAUCUCAAGGAAGUGCAUGACUUCCUUGUUGAAAUCGCUUACAAGGCGGGAGAAAUGAUCACUUCGGCCACGCCUGCUGUUUCGGGACAUGGGACCAAGAAGAAUAGUGCGGAUUUGGUCACGGAGACGGAUCAGGCUGUUGAGAAGAUGGUUUCGGAGGAGUUGGGUGGGAAGUAUCCGGAUUUUGGUUUUAUGGGAGAGGAGACGUAUAAGACUGGAGAUAAAUUGGAGGAUAGGCCGACUUUUAUUGUUGACCCCAUUGAUGGAACGACGAAUUUCUUCCACGGUCAUCCGUAUGUGGCUGUGUCGUUGGGUCUUGCUAUUAACAAGAAGCCUGUUGUUGGUGUGAUCUACAACCCUUUUACCCAAACGCUCUACACUGGUAUCCGUGGCCAAGGUUCCUAUAUUACGAGCCCACAGCAUAAGACUCCCGUCAAACUGCCUCUCCGCUCGCCAGAGCCUUUUCAGGAUCUCUCUCACUGCCUCGUGGCGGUUGAAUGGGGCAGCGAUCGCGAUGGAAACGACUAUGACACGAAAGUCAACACUUUUCGGAAGCUUUGCGCAAGCAAAGAAGCUGGCGGAGCGAUGGUGCAUGGCAUUCGAAGUUUGGGGUCGGCCGAGUUGAACCUCUGUGGUGUGGCGAGUGGGCAUCUGGAUGUCUACUGGGAGACAGGAUGCUGGGCUUGGGAUGUUUGCGCUGGAUGGGUCAUUCUCGAAGAGGCUGGAGGGAAGAUGGUCGGUGCGAUGAAAGGGGACUGGGACCCUAGUGUCGAUCAGAGACGUUAUAUGGCUGUAAGGGGAGGUGAGGGAUGGGAGAAGAUUGUAGAGGAAUUUUGGGGAUGUGUUGAAGGGAAGAUAGAGGUUGGUUACGAUAUGGUUUCGUAACUUAGACGGUCUAGGACAUGACAGACGCUGGGACGUGCGGCUACUAAGUUGUCGAAGUCAGUGGAACAGAGCUGACAGGUACACUGAUAUACUGAACACUGUAGGGUACUGCUUGGACGUGUUUGCAUUCCAAAUGGCUCAGCAAUCAUACGUUCGAGGCGCAAGUAGGCAGGUAGCUAGCUGUGGAGUCACCAUAGGCUCUCCAUAGCUCCACUUUUCAUCCGCGUCUGGACUAUAAAUUCCCCCCUC